UGAUGGCCAGUUUGAAAUGAUAAUUAAUAUUACGCCUCAAGAGUACACAAGGAUGCUCAACCCAGCACUACCCGAAACCAAUGGUGACGUUAGGAAAAUCACUGGAUCAGCGUGAAAAGGCGAAAACUAAUUAUAAAACGGAACUUUUACGCAAAAUAUGACAACCUGCUUUUGUUUACUGAUAUAAAGGAACUCUUCAGCAUUCUAUUGUGUAAAUUAAACUACACUGCAUUUACUGUAUAUAAUUUCAUUCUGAGAUAGGUUUAGUACAGGCACCCUCCACGUAGCACAAAAUAAUCAACGCGAAAUGGUGAGUAUUCUUUCUUCUGUACUGAGCGAUGCUUGAUCGAUGAUAUACCUUAUUUCGCACGCGAGUGCUGAACCUUAUAAAAUCAUCCAUCUCCUUAAUAAAUUUCGGUAUAUAAAGUGUUGAAUUUUCAUUGUAGUGACGGACAGAUCGACCUUUUCGCGUCAACAAAGACAAGAAAAUUUUCCACGCAGUCGGCGAUGUAUUAUUUCUCAGCUUGGCUGCUAAAAAAAUCGACGCUUUUCGCUGAAAAUUUAACUUUUCAUCAUUAAUCGAAAACUAAUUCGUGCCUAACAUUCGGACUGAUCCUUAGUAAAACGUGUCGGGUUUCUUUUUGCUUUGGAGGAGAAUCGAGACAUCUUUUAUGGGUUUAGAACUGGUAUGGUUAAAACUUGAAUAAAAGUUACUCUGAUCUUCGUAAAAUAUUUAUUAUCCAAUUGUGUUUUGGCGAGAAAAGUAUCGAAAAGUCGUUUUCCGAUGUGUUGUGUUUGUAUCUUGCACUCCAGGAAAAUUGUCUCUUGCAAAGUGUUUAAUAAAGAAAUUAAAGGUCAAAACUAGGUUAUAAAAUUGUAAGCGUGUUUACUUUUAACAUUUGGUAAUGUAAUACUAGAAAAUGGAGAAAAUUUGCAUAAGGAAAAUUGUAUUUUGACAUUUUCCAAGAAGUAACCUACGGUUACUACCUUUUCGCCUUAUUUGCCGUUUCCGGGAAACUGGGUACAAACUAUCCCAUACACCUUUUGGGUACUAUCAAAUCAAAUAUGGCGGAUGAAGGUUGCCUAAGUGAAUGUAAACAACAAAUUUAGAAAGGGUAUGUAAGGUCAGUUAAAAAAAAUGCCCAGUGAAGAAGACUCUGAUAGUGACGUACAACAAGGAGCGACGUGGGAGCAUCAGUCCUUGGCACAGGUUAAGAUAAAAGUUCUAAGAGGACAUAAAGAUGCUGUAAACAGCUGUUCAUUUGCCUUUGAGGACUCCAAAAUAGUUACAGCUUCACAUGACAAGACUCUGAGGCUUUGGGAUGCCAAUUCUGGAGCUCAAGUCAAUGUCUUUAAAGGUCACGAUUCCUAUGUUACAUGCUGCCAUACAGACCCAAACAAUGCCAGGAUAGCUUCAGGUGGAUGGGAUAAAAGGCUUCUCGUCUGGGAUAUUCAGACUGGUACAAUUCUGUGGGAAGCAAUGAAUGAAGGUAUAGUAACAUCAUGUCACUUCUCUCAUGAUGGACGUUACCUUGUCAACAGUAGUGACUUGGAUUUUGCUGUCAGUGUGUGGGAUGUCAGGGAAGGAUCUCUCAUCAAGAAACUUUUCAAUCACAAGAGUACAGUUACAUGUUGUCGCUUUGCUCCAAGCCAAAACAGGAUUUGUACAACCUCCAUGGACAGAACAACAAAGAUCACAGACAUGCUUACAUUUACAAAUGAUUAUAAUGUUACUCUUACAAUGGGGGGACAUAUCAAUGUUAUCUCCAGCUGUUCCUUCAGCGGUGAUGAACACUUAUUGGCCACAGGAUCAUGGGAUAAAAAUAUUAAGAUAUGGGAUCUUGCCACUGGUGUCUAUAGGAAUCAUGGACCAAUCACUCUCUCCAAAGGACAUGAAGGUUCUAUCAGUGCAUGCAACUUCAGUGAAGAUGGUGGCAUAUUAGUUUCUUCAUCAUAUGAUGAAACUUUGGUUAUAUGGGAUGUUGAAAAUUGUUGUCAGAAAUUUGCCCUCAAGGGUCACACAGGAUGGGUGAAUGACUGCAGAUUUAGCACAGACCAGAAAUGGAUAAUAUCCUGCUCAAAUGAUAAAACUGUGCGUAUGUGGAACAUUGAAUCAAGUGAUGAUAUACCAGUGGUACUAGAACACAGAAAGAACAUUGGGUUAAGAAUUGUCCAGUGUCAAAAUUGCAGCAAGCCUUUCUCUAUUGCACAAUUGGAUGAUGAACAAAAUCACAAGUACUGUGUUUUCUGUCGCUUGGAGCACCCUUCAGAAUUCUCAGCUUCACCAAUUGACUUCAACAUGUGAUCUUUAGUCAACCAUGAGAUGAAGCAAUAAAGACAAAGUGUUGCUGCCGUGAACAUUACAAUUCAAAUCUCUAUAACCAUGAAAGAUUU